AUGAAAAAAUGGGGCAACCUGAAAAUUAAAACUACAAAUGAAGCAGAAUCUCGUAAAACAUCGAACCUCAAAUCUAGAACUCCGUUGGAUGAUGCCUGUAAUCCCAAUAAUCUUAGACAUCAAAUCAAAGAGUAUUUUCCAAAUAAAUAAUACUCUCUUCACAUUCCGCGUACUUAAAAUACAUCAACCCAAAUUACCUAACCCAACGAUAAAUCUCCUCCGAAUUCCAAACUUAUCAGUGUAGUUGAUGCCUUAUCUCUACUUUAAAAAGACGAAAUUUACCCUAUAAGUAGACCAAAUAAUCGUACUUUGCCUACUAAAUAAAUAAAUAAUAUCUAAACAUAGGAUUAAGUUUUUCGUGAUUGUCCUCGUUUAUACACGCAACUCUAAAAACCCUAGCCUAUCAUUUAAAUGUACACAUAACAUAACUCCCCAAAGAAAAGUUUAAAAACCAGUCCAGAUACUAAAUACCCUAUCAAUUCGGAGACUUUCAAAAAUCGUCUAUCACGCAAAAUGCCUGGACAACUUUUUGAAAGACUUGAGUAAAUUCAUUAAAUUACCUCCGAUUCUGUUAGAUAUAGAAUUUCAAACCUAAAGUAGAACACGAGAGGGAAUACUUAAUAGAUACAUUAUAAGUUCAAUAAUUUAACAAUUACAAAUUAAGAUAAUUUUAAAGAAGAUAUUGAGUCUAAAUCUAUUAACAGAGCUAAACCAAAAUUACCUUAGACGUCUUUGGUUGUCCUAGAAUAUUAUAAAUCUCAAUUGACAGAUUUCGAACAGAAUGAAAUAAAAGAUAUUGAUACUAUUUAUUAUCUGAGACCUGAAACAAUAACACUACGCUAAGUAACUUAAUAAUAUAAUAAUGGUUUUGAUACAAAAGAUGGUGAUUAUAUAUUUAGAUAAUAUGAUCAUAUAAUGUAUCGAUAUGAGAUGCUCGAAAAAUUGGGACACGGCAGCUUUGGAUAAGUUUUUAAAGUAAUCGAUCACAAACAAAAUUAAAAUGCCGCUAUCAAAAUCAUCAAAAAUGAUAAAAAAUUGCAAGAUUAGGCAAUUAUAGAAAUUGACAUCUUGAAAGUAGUAAAUUAAGCCGAUAGUAGUUGUUGUUUGGUAAAAAUGCUUAAUCAUUUUAUCUUUCGAAAUCAUGUAUGUAUCGUUUUUGAACUAUUGAGCUGUACUCUUUAUGAAUUUAUAGCAUGCAACGAUUUCUAAGGAUUAGAACUUGAUUUGAUCAGAAGAUUUGCUGUUCAAAUAUUAUAAGCACUUAUGUAUUUAUCCGAAUGUAAUAUUAUUCAUUGUGAUCUCAAACCUGAAAACAUUCUAUUAAAGGACUUAUUAAAAUCUGGAAUCAAAAUAAUCGACUUUGGAUCUAGUUGUUUUAUUAACUCUAAAUUAUACACUUACGUUUAAAGUAGAUUUUAUAGAGCUCCUGAAAUUAUACUUGGUAUACCCUAUACAACUGCAAUUGACAUGUGGAGUUUUGGUUGUAUUGUUGCUGAGCUGUUUCUUGGCAAUUCAUUAUUUCAAUCAAAAAAUGAAAAACAAUUAUUGUUUCUACAAGUAGCAAUUCUUGGAAAACCUACGAGCCAAUUUCUAGAUUAUUGUCCUAAAAUACAUAAAUUUUUCAAUGCCAAUUAUGACCUUCUGGCUCAAUUCAAAGAAUCAGACUUAAUAAUUUCACCCAAACCUUUGAAAGAGCUUCUAUAAGCUUGUCCACUUACCUUUUAUGACUUCAUUAGUAAAUGCUUGUCAUGGGAUCCUAAAUUAAGAAUGAAACCAUUUGAAGCAUUAAUUCAUCCUUGGAUUAUCGAAGGCUUACCGAAAGAAAUUAAACAAUAACAUAUCUAAAAAAUGAAAUUGUACUCAAAAUAAAAGAAUCUAGAUUUCUAGGGCCAGACCAAGAAAAUCAAAUGA